AUGAGUUUUUCUUCGUCUGAACGUCAAAAAGAAGUGGUGGGACGGUCGGAAGAGGUGGUUGGAAAGCGCGGUGGAUUUGUGGAUGAGUAUGAGAAGCAAAGGCAAUUGACAAAGCUGUUGGUGAAUGUGAAUAUUGAGAAGAGUUUGGGUCCAGUGAAGGUGGUGAUAUCGCCGGAAAACACCGUCGGCGACUUGAUAAAGGCGGCCAUAGAGAUUUACGUGAAGGAGAAGCGGCGGCCAUUGUUGGAUGGUACUGAUCCCAGGAGUUUCGAGCUUCAUUAUUCCCAGUUUAGUCUUCAGAGCUUGAAGCCAUAUGAGAAGUUGGUGAACUUGGGUUCAAGAAAUUUCUUUUUAUGUCUAAAAUCUGCUGUAACUGCAUCUUCUUCUGACUAA